UGCAUUCCUGUCAAGUCAUCUUGUGAAAGGCUGCCUGCUUCCAGCUUGGCUUGGAUGUGCAACCUUAAUAAAACUCACUGAGGUCUGGGAGAAAAUAGCAGAUCUGCAGCAGAUAGGGUAGAGGAAAGGGUCUAGAAUAUGUACACGCAGCUAACUCAGGCAGGCUCCACGCUGAACGGUUACACAGAGAGGAAACAAUAAAUCUCAGCUACUAUGCAAUAAAUAUCUCAAGUUUUAACUAAGGAAACUACCAUUACAGUGAAAUAAAAAUUAACAUUUUAGAACAAAGCUAACAAAUGGCUAGUUUUCUGUGAUUCUUCUUCAAAAGCUUUCUUUGAGCGGGAGACAGUGAAAGAGACAAGCGGUUUUACCUGAAAUAAAGAAGUAGUUUAAAGGUCAGAAGAAAGGAGCAAGUUUUGCGAGAGGCACGGAAAGAGAGUGCUGGCAGUACAAUGACAGUUUUCCUUUCCUUAGCUUUCCUCGCUGCCAUUCUGACUCACGUAGGGUGCAGCAACCAGCGCCGGAGUCCAGAGAACGGUGGGAGAAGAUAUAGCCGGAUUCAAUAUGGGCAAUGUGCCUACACGUUCAUUCUUCCAGAACACGACGGGAACUGUCGUGAGAGUAGGACAGACCAGUACAACACAAACGCUCUGCAGAGAGAUGCUCCGCACGUGGAACCGGAUUUCUCUUCCCAGAAACUUCAACAUCUGGAGCAUGUGCUGGAAAAUUAUACUCAGUGGCUGCAAAAAAUUGAAAAUUACGUUGUGGAAAAUAUGAAGUCGGAAAUGGCCCAGAUACAGCAGAAUGCAGUUCAGAACCACACGGCCACCAUGCUUGAGAUAGGAACCAGCCUCCUCUCUCAGAGCGCGGAGCAAACCAGAAAGCUGACAGAUGUGGAGACCCAGAUGCUAAAUCAAACAUCUCGACUUGAAAUACAGCUGCUGGAGAAUUCAUUAUCAACAUACAAGCUAGAGAAGCAACUUCUUCAACAGACAAAUGAAAUCCUAAAGAUUCAUGAGAAAAACAGUUUAUUAGAACAUAAAAUCUUAGAAUUGGAGGGAAAGCACAAGGAAGAGUUGGACACCUUGAAGGAAGAGAAAGAGACUCUCCAAGGCUUGGUUACUCGUCAAACCUAUAUAAUCCAAGAACUAGGGAAACAAUUGAACAGAGCUACCACCAACAACAGUGUCCUUCAGAAGCAGCAGCUGGAGCUGACGGACACAGUGCGUAACCUCGUCAACCUUUUCACUAAAGAAGGUGUUUUACUAAAGGGAGGAAGAAAAGAAGAACCAUUUAGAGACUGUGCAGAUGUAUAUCAAGCUGGCUUUAAUAAAAGUGGAAUCUACACUAUUUAUAUUAAUAAUAUGCCAGAACCCAAAAAGGUAUUUUGCAACAUGGAUCUUAAUGGGGGAGGUUGGACCGUUAUACAACAUCGUGAAGAUGGAAGUGUGGAUUUCCAAAGAGGUUGGAAAGAAUAUAAAAUGGGUUUUGGAAACCCCUCUGGUGAAUAUUGGCUGGGGAAUGAAUUUAUUUUUGCCAUGACCAGUCAGAGGCAGUACACGCUAAGAAUCCAGUUAGUGGAUUGGGAAGGAAACCAAGCCUAUUCACAAUACGACAGAUUCCACAUAGGAAAUGAAAAGCAAAACUAUAGGUUGUAUUUAAAGGGUCACACUGGGACAGCAGGACAGCAGAGCAGCCUGGUCAUCCACGGCGCUGAUUUCAGCACCAAAGAUGCUGAUAACGACAACUGUCUGUGCAAAUGCGCCCUCAUGUUAACGGGAGGCUGGUGGUUUGAUGCUUGUGGCCCAUCCAAUCUAAACGGAAUGUUCUAUACGGCGGGGCAACACCUAGGAAAACUGAACGGGAUAAAGUGGCAUUACUUCAAAGGGCCCAGUUACUCCUUACAUUCCGCCACAAUGAUGAUUCGGCCUUUGGAUUUUUGAGGGCACAAUGUCAGAAGCAGUUACACAGACAACAAGGAAAUCUGGAGACGCUACCAGAUGAAAAACUGCUUGAAAACUUUGGAAGCAAAGCAAUUUGUCCCCCUUCCAGCAACAAGUGGCCAUGAUGUGAAAUCACCAAGGUCCUUGACUGUGGAUUUGGAGUCUUUUGAGUUCACAAAAAUCUGCUUGGGGUGACGGUGUUCAUAGGGCUCAACUGUAGAGGAUGCUUUAAAAAGGGAAGAAACUGCCCAGCUCACUGCGUUGCAGACUACUGCUGGAGCUUACUUGGCAACUGUGGUAGCCUGAUGACAGAUAUAGUUUAUUUCAUGUAAAACCGAAGAAGAAAAAUGAACAACAACAAAAAGAAUGUACAUGAAGAAGACAGACAGGCCUGCCGUAUCCUUUGGAAAAGAUGCAUCACACCAGUGAAACGGUGUUAUUUCUAUGCAAACCUGCUAACAAUGAGUUUAUACUGUUGCACAAUUUUAAUAAGAGUUCAGGAAGAACAACAUUGCUCUCGGAGUUGGUAAAAUGUUAAUGGAUUUCAGAUGCCUAAUUCCUAAAUGAUACUUACCAGUUGAUUUUAGUCAACCCAUCUUCAAAUGUAAAUUCCAUUGUGUGAAACCAUAAUAAAUUGUAGUGCAUGAAGAAUAACAGUGUGAUGUCAGAACAUGCUCCAUUACUCUUUGGGUUUUUUGAUACUGUUCUCUGAAUAAAUGGACAUGAUCAAAUCCGGACCUAUAAGGUGAAAAACUCUCCCUUCGUGCUACAGUUUUCAUUUACCUUAAAAACUGACUGACUGAUAUAUAAGUAUAUUUAUAGCCUGAGGAAAACUUAAAGAAUGUGAAAUAUAUCAUCAAGCUCUUAAAAUAAUAUACAUGCAUUUAAUAUUUCCCAUGAUAUUAUACAUGAAAGCAGGUUUUCAGAGUAUUAAAUUGAAGUAAAACCAAGUAAACUGGAAUGGUUUAUUUUACAGUAUUUUCUUGCAUGUAUACACAUAAGUGUAACUUCAUUAUUUUUAAAAUAAUGAUCUUCAAUUCUUUACCCUGUUAUUUCAUGCUAAUUUAAUUUUUGCUAACUAACUGAAACAUGUUCUCCAGAUUUACCCUGUUCCAAUUUCUAUAAAAGGCACACUUUGAAGUCUAUGAAAAAGAAAAGAAUUAUAUUGUAUAUAGUGUGUUUAUAUCCAUGAUUAACCUAAUAGCUGUUUAAUCUGGAAUAGACAACAUUGUCCUUAAUUCAUGCAAAUAAACACAAGUUUUCAAAAAAAUCUACUACACUAGUUUAAGAAAUACACUAUUUUUUCUAUUUUUUUCUCCCUCAGGCUCUAUUUUCUUAAGCAGUUUUUGACUUUUUAUAACUUAGUAUUAGUGAUGAAAAGUGGGAAAACUCUGUAUUAUCCAUAAGAAAAACACACAAAAAUGAUCAUAGUCACCUAUUGAAUAAGAACACUCAGACUGCUAGUUGCUAUAAAUCUCUUGAUGAAGAUGUGCCUAUGAAAUCAUCUAUUUUAAGUGAGUAUUGGGCAUAUAUUUUUGUUGCAGUUUGAAGUUACUACUGUUUCUAAGUGUUCAAGUUUACAAUUGUGAACAGGUUUUAUCAAACACAUGAGAUAAGAACAUUAUAAUACAUGUUGGGUAUCCUUUUAGAAAAAUAAAAGUUUUUUUCAAGGCAGCAGCACCAAUUUCGAACUGGGUGACUUGAUCUGCCCGGCCUUUAUGGCUCCCCUCUACCUGAAAGAAUAGAGCUAGUUGCAUUUUUAAGAAAGUAUUUUUUUAAUUUACUAUCAAGUCUUUAUACAUCUGUAUCCAAUCUUGUUUUGCCCUAUACCUGAUAUAUGCAGGUAUUAUACAGUUUUUCUAUUCUUGGUGACUUUUUCAUAGUAAUGUUUAGCCUCUCCCUCUAAAAACCUUGUUCUUGUUUAAAAGAAUGAAAGUGGGUUUUUAAUUCUUUUGUAUUUAUACAGAUUUUUUAAACCAGUCUUUGAUAAGAAAUACUAUUCCCAACUCACAUUACAAAGUUAAAAUGAAAUAAUAAAAAAAUAAAGCAUGAUAUUUACUGUUUUUGU